UUCGAAAGGGAGAGAGAGGGGAGAAGAAAAAGAAAAAGAAAAAAUCUUGCUCCAAAUAGACAAGUGUGUGUGACAAAUGAGAAAUUGUCCAUGAAUCCACCCUCUUGAAACUCCGGCCUCCAGUCUAAACAGAAUUUCUUUUCACAUAUUAAUAUACAUGCCCGUACAAAGACUUCCGACGAAGACUCUCUUUUCGGCCGAGGUGGAAAGGAACUGGUUCAAGAAUUCAAUUUCUGUCCCUUUUUAGUGGUGAAUUGAACCCUGUGUUUUGAUCAAGAAGCCGUCCCCUAUCUUUGGUUUUGGUGUUCCUUUGUAUAUGAUUAAGAUACCCUUUCGUUUGCUUGUUAGAGAUGGAGAGAAAGCGACCUUCACAAGGCUGCAGUCCCCUUGGCGUGAUCAAGAAGGUUGUUUGUUUAGAUGGAUCUUCCCCUGACACUGGCAAAGGGAAGAGUAAAUUCAAGUCUUCAUCAGCUAAAAAUGAGGUGCGCCAUGGGUUCCACUUGGUGGAAGGACAAGCAGGUCAUGACAUGGAGGAUUACCACGUAGCCGAAUACCGAAAAAUGGACGGCCGUGGGCUUGGUUUGUUUGCAAUUUUCGACGGCCAUCUAGGUGAUCGAGUCCCCAGCUAUUUGAAGGAUAAUCUCUUCAACAACAUACUUCAUGAGACAAACUUUUGGGCAGACCCCAAGGCCGCAAUAAUAAAUGCUUACAGUUCAACUGAUAAACGCAUCCUAGAAAACUCCCUGCAAUUUGGACCUGGUGGGUCGACUGCCGUGACUGCAAUUGUCAUUGAUGGAAAAGAAUUGUGGGUGGCAAACAUUGGAGAUUCGAGAGCUGUCAUUUGCCAAAACGGAACAGCAGAGCAACUUACGGUUGACCACGAGCCGCAUAGUGAGAGGAGGAGGAUUGAGAAGCGGGGAGGUUUCGUCACCACUCUUCCCGGAGAUGUACCUCGGGUUAAUGGCCAACUUGCUGUCGCACGUGCUUUUGGAGAUGAAAAUCUUAAGGCGCAUUUGAGUUCAGAGCCGGAUGUUCGUAACCUAUGCAUUGACUCAAAUACACAGUUUGUCAUAUUGGCAAGUGAUGGCUUGUGGAAGGUGAUGAGUAACCAAGAGGCCGUUGAUUUGGUAAGGCAUAUCAAGGACCCUCAAGCAGCCGCCAAGCGUUUGACGACAGAGGCGUUGACAAGAAAAAGUAAAGAUGAUAUAUCAUGCAUCGUGAUUCGCUUUGGAUGAUCAUAUCCAGCCGAGAGGAGAUAUCAUACAGCGUAUAUGUCUUUUAUGCAUUGCCGAUUGCCCUUUGUUGGAACCAGGACGAUUGAAUAUAAAGUCGUGUAUGUUUUUUCUAGAUAAGAGUUUGGAGUGUAUUUCCAUGGCAUUUUUAGAUAGGGAGAUCUGUGUGCAUAGAAGCUUUGAGUUACAUGUGAAUGGUUGCACAUAUAAGCUCGAUUUGGGAUGCUCAUGUUCGAAUUCUUCCUUCUGUU